AUGAACGAUUUAACAAUGGACACUAACUUUACGGUGGCCCCCGCAAACAUGUUUGCAUACCCCGAGUCAGGCGAUUUGUGCUACAAGAACGACUUCCAAGUGCUGGAUUACAACGACUUGACGGGAUUUGACAACCCAAGUUACACAAUGAACGCGGAUCUCAACAUGAACACUAAGAUGAACUACGUUAACUUGAGCAUGAAUGAAGCCAUGAACUCGGGACUUAACACGGCAUCUGGCCUCAACGGCGGAGUGAACACGGUGGCUAACGCGAACGGCUGGGCAGCCGACUGCUCUACAAACUUUUUUGAGAACUACAACGCAGCAUGCUUCACACCAGGACCGUAUUACGCUAAUAACGGUCAGGCGGAAGUGAUGCAGCUUAACCUGGGAGAUUUGAGAUCAGUUGAUCAGUUUACCAAAUUCGAUCAGCACUCGAAUCAGCAGUACGGAGCACAGAACAUGGCGGAGACUGCACUGAUAGAGCCCGGAAUAGUCAUAGGGGAUCUGAGCUCGGAAAAAUCGUCAAACAGCCAGAACUACUCAGGCCAAUCGAACUACAAAUAUGAACCAUAUAACGCAUACCAGUGCUACGCAUACACGCCGCUGGGUCAAGACGCUAACGCACCCAUGGCAAACUUCGCCUACGGAACCGAAGUGAAAGACUCGAAAUACGCACAGCAGAAUCUUGAAAAUUCUCCCAACAAGGAGGGUCUGAAGGAUGAGCUGGAAAGCGUGGCGAACGCAAGCACGUGCGACAACACGCCAUUGUUGAGGCCAUCGAGCCCCAACUACUACCUUAACGCCUUAUCCUCAAACUACCCGCAGAACUCUAACACCAAUAACGCCUUCAACAGUGCCCUUGUAAACGGGUUCAAUGAAAUGAACAGCACUUUAACCAGUGGUUAUGUCGACAUGAAUAACACUUUAACCAAUGGAUAUACUGACAUGAGCAGCACCAUGUCUAACGGGUAUGCUGACAUGAACGGUAUGACCAACGGGUACAGUGAUAUGAAUGCCACGAUGAACGGCGGAAUGAACACCACGCUCAAUGGAGCAGUCAACGGAGCUAACGUAGAAGGGUUCGUACAGGAUAUGUCGGACACGCAACUGGUAAACGGGGGCUUCUACUACCCGGGAUACUACCAGUACUACUACACUCCGACGAUGAACGGCUACAACUCCGAGGGCGGCUACGAGGGAGCACUGGAGGACGGAUACGAUGACGGACUCAACGAGUCGAUCGUAGAAAUAGCAAACGAGAUUGCCAACAACGUGCAGUACCUGCCGGACAAGGACAGCAACGGCAAGUACUCCCUGGACAAAAAUCACCCAAUACACUGCGUGUGGCGUGACGUUAACAGGGGGCACUGCAGCUGGAGAUGCCGCUGGUGGGAAAACGGAAAGCGACUCAGCAAGAACUUCAACGUCAAGAGGUUCGGCGACUUCGAGGCCAUGAGAAUGGCGAUCACCAUGAAGAUAAGGAACAGCACACCCGUCGAGAGAAUACAGCUGCUGAAGGAGCAGCGCGAGGCGGUGAGGAACCAGAUGCAGCUCUACAGCUACUACCCCUCGAACUACAACUUCGGCUACCUCGCGGGCGUGAGCGACGUGAAAAUCACGAAGGUGAUGAACAACAGCAAGAAGUUGCAGCGGGAAAACUGGAGCAGGCUGUCGUGGACGUAUCUGAAGACGAGCAAGAUGGACAAGUCGGCUGAUUCCACGAUCAUCUGCAGGCUCUGCUCCAAGACCACGCGCUGCUCGCGGAGCAGGAACCUGCAGCAGGCGCACAUAAUGCACCUCAUCCGCAUGCACAAGAACCCGUGGCGCCAGUACAUUGACCCUAACGGCCUCACGAAGAUGUGCAAGCUUGCGCUCGACGCGCUCUACGAGCAGAAUCAGUUUAGCGACGACCAGGAGUGGAACCUGAGGCCGGGCGUGCACCGCCCCGAGCCCUAUUUCGUUUAA